UUGUGUUUCGAUUUUCCGAGUUCUUGAAGAAAAUACAAUUUUUAAAUGAAAACAACAUAAGUAAUUUGAAAUGGAGACUCCGGCAGCUCCAGCAAAGGGCAAGGGUCCGAUCAUAGACCCAGCCUUAUGUAGGUGCUGCAGGUCUAUAAAGAAAUGUCGUCUUUUAACAGUCGAGUAUGAAUGGAUGGGAAGUAAAGAGGUUUAUUCAGAUAUGUUCAUGGAUUGUUUUGGGCUACUUCUAUCAAACCUAGAUGGUGAGACCAAGGAGUGUUGUAUAUGUGCGACCUGUGUGGUGAGGCUGCGUGACGCCUGUGCGUUUAGACAACAAGUGCUGCAGUCUGAGGAAGUCUUCCUGAGUACCAGACUACAUUUAAAAGAAGAUUGUUCAGACAAGGUGGAAGUAAUAAUAAAGGCGGAACCACUAUGUGAGGACUCCGAUGGCUCUGAUGGAAUGGAGGAUCGCGAUGAACUCCCAGACCAGGAUAUGACAGAUGCAAUAGACACGAAAAUGGACAUGGAUUUGAAGGACGAGUCGGAGGAAGCUCCCGUGUCGUAUCGCACGCGCGCCAAGAGGGAGCGGGGAGAGCGGUCCAUUAAGAAGGAGAUCUCUAUUAAAAUGAAGAAGUUGCGAGCCAAACUAGACGAGAUGUUGGAUAAACCUGUUGCAGAAGUUCCAGUAAAAAAAGAAACAAGCAAAAAGAAAAAACAAGAAUUAGAUCAUGACUUGAUGGUGUAUACCAACGCUUUGACAAUAGUACAUAACUCCUAUGUCUGUCCUUUUCAAAAUAGAAUCAGUAUAUACUACUGUUUCUACUGCAGGGACCAAUUUACUAAUCCAAAUGAACUCCGAGAACACACCCUCACCCACGACCCAGUCGAACUAUUCCAAAACACGAUGGAAAACCGAAAAAUCCCGAAAAUAGACAUCACUAGAAUCGAUUGUCGAUUAUGCAACGAGAAAAUCGAUGAUUUAGAUGUCUUCAAAAAACAUCUAACUAGUGUCCACGGCAAAAUGCUGUAUCCAGUCACGAAUGAAUUUUUGAAAUUCAAAUUGAGUUUGAAUAAUUUGAUUUGCACAGAAUGCAAUGGUACGUUUCCGUACUUUGACGUUUUAAAAAAACAUAUGAUUGAUCAUUUUGGGACGUACAUCUGCGAUGUUUGCGGCGCUUGCUUUUUGGAGCGGAAUUCAUUGCGUACACAUAUAAAAUCGCAUACGAAGGUCGAAGAGAGUUUCCCAUGCGAGAUAUGCGGGAAGAAUUUAAAAAGUAAAUACAGCAGGUACUUACACGUAGCUACGGUCCAUGAAAAGAAACCAACAGUGAAUUGUUAUAAAUGCGAGGCUAGUUUCCUCUCCUACGCUUUAAGGAACAGACAUUUGAUCGAAGUGCACGGCGACAAAAGAACUUUCGCCUGUAAGCUAUGUGACAAAGUCUACAAUAGACGAAAGACUCUGAUGGAACACAAUAGAAGAAAUCAUUUAAAAGUCUACAAACAUCAGUGUGAUUUGUGCGAUCAAAGGUUCUAUCUCCCGUCGCGGUUAAAAGAACAUAUGGCCACUCAUACGGGGGAGAGGAACUUCAGAUGUGAGUUCUGUGACAAAAGUUAUCCGCGUCUACAGUCGUUGCAGGAACAUAUUAGGUCUCAUAGUAAUGAUAGGAGAUACAAAUGCGAUAUCUGCAACUCGACGUUCACUCAAAAUGGUAGUUUGAAAAAUCAUAUGAAGUCUCAUCAUCAUCAGAAUUAUGAUUUGGAUGCUAAUUAUAGCUGAAUUUGUCAUAUAUAACUUCUUCACGUCUCCCAUGUGUGUAGGUAGAGACUGUGGAACGCUAAUUGCUGAGAUUCUUAUAACUUGUAUCUUAAGAUAACAAACUCCAUUUUAAAUCAACUAAGGACCGAUUUUUCCAAAGCCAGAUAAAUCUUAACUGAGAAAUAACUUUUUUAAUAUACUAAUGAGAAUUGUCUUAGUGGGUUCCCAGGGGCGUGAAAUGAAGUUCGACACACGAAUGACUGUAAAACUGUAUAUUGGAAAUAAACUUUAAAUUGUAUAAACAAAGUUGCACAAUAAUACAAUAUAAUACAUAUAACUCGAAUAUUUCGCGGUACAAAUACGGAGUGCGUGGGUCACGGCUCCGGCGCGGGACUCGUUGUUCUCCCGCGUCCUAGUAAGCGUCGAGCGGUCAGUAGCGGGGAAGCGGGGGAAGAGGAAUAGUGAAGUAGCGUGUCACUAUACUCGGAAUUUUAAUUCGAUUCCAGAUUUGACAAUUUCAGUGUUGCAACGUUAUGACA